AUGGAUUCCCCUCGGUCUCUUGUAUCCCAGAAGUCUUCGGACUCUGGGCUGACUGUCCAGCUCCAUCCUCUCGUUCUCCUCUCGAUCUCCGACCAUAUCACUCGACACGCCGCCCGCCAGCAGCAAGGCCCCAUUGUUGGUGCCCUUCUAGGACAACAAAAUGGCCGGCAAGUCACGUUGGAGCAGGUCUUCGAGUGUCCCGUGACCGAGACCGAUGGAGAGGUUUCUGUUCCUCCAGUAUGGUUUGAAGAGCGAGUGCAGCAAUUCAAGGAUGUUCACAAAGACCCGCCUCUUGACAUUGUUGGAUGGUGGUCAACUGCGCCUCCCACCGGCCCUACUCCCUCCCACCUCCCCCUUCAUCGACAGAUCCUCCAGGACUACAAUGAUUCAGCUGUAUUCUUGGCAUUCCAUCCUUCACAGCUCCAAUCGGCCGAAUCGCGCGCCGCGAAACUCCCAUUGACGAUCUACGAGAGUGUCCUCGAAGGUGAUAAUGCUGGGGAUACGUCAAAGGACAUGCAGAUUGACGGCGAGGAGUUAACAUCAAGCAUUCGCUUCCGCGAGCUGCCGUACACCGUGGAAACCGGUGAAGCCGAGAUGAUUGGGGUAGAUACGAUCGCCAAGAACUCCCACGCAGCUUCUUGGGUUGCGCCUAUCCCCAAGGGCCAGAGCGAGGGCCAAGGAUCUGACGACCCGUCAAAGCCACAAGCAAGCCAGCCAGCCCAACUAACCCAGGAAGAAGAAGAACGUACGUGUGCUGGCCAUUCUACUCGACUUGUUCUAACGUCAAAAUCAGUGAUCGGAAAUCUCAACACACGCAUAAAUGCCAUCCGCAUGUUCCAAUCGCGCAUUUCCCUUAUCAAGGACUACAUUCUCAGCAUCUCUGGGCCAGAUGCUGGAGCAAACUCUAAUACCGCAGUUUCACACCCUAUUCUCCGCGACAUCAAUGCCCUUGUUUCAAACCUCUCUCUCCUUACGCCGCCUGAAGAUUCCGAAUUCUCUGCAGAGGUUGCCUCGCAAACUAACGAUGUACUCCUCGCCUCUCUUCUGGGUCAAAUGGGUGAAAAUGUGAGGGCGAUACGCGAACUAGGCCGGGCAUCUGCUAUCAUCCAGGGCGCGCGUCAAACAACCGCCUCUCGCAAGAAUCCCAAUGCCAUGAACACCCGGUUCGAAGAUGAGCUGUUCUCCGAACACUUGAUGCAAGGAGAUGGGCAAUACAGCAUGUAUUCUUGA